GCCGCCCUGCAUGCGCUCUGGCUUAAAUACCGACGCCCGGAUAAAAUGCGGGGUGAUCACCCACUCACGCCAUGGCCGUCUCGCCGAUCUACCGCCAGCUCCUCGCGCUGCUGCUGCUCCCCACGCUCGGGGCACUCGCUGCCCCGAAUGUGGUCAACACGGGCUACGCGUCGUACCGGGGAAACCUGUCGUUCCCGAAUACCGUCGCGUACCUGGGCAUCCCGUACGCUGAGCCUCCCCUGGGCAACCUCAGGUUCCGCGCGCCUCUGCCGCUGGAUACAGGCAGAGUGAAGAAGGCGGCGGGAGGGAAGGUCGUUGACGCGACUCAGUAUCCCGAGUUUUGCGUUCAGGGCUCGACUGGAAAUGGAGAUGCGGGUGGUGCAGGCAGUGAAGACUGCUUGAAGGUGAACGUCUACACUCCAGCGAACGUGCAGGCCGGCGACGAUUUGCCUGUCCUUGUCUAUAUCCAUGGUGGAGGCUACAUAUACGGCAACCCCCGCAACUGGCCGUUCGAUCCAUGGGUCCACCAAAGCCCGGAUGUCGUGAUCGUUUCCGUGUACUACCGCCUCAGCGCAUUCGGUUUCCUCUCGACCCCCGAAUUCUCCAACUCUGCAAACGGCGACUUCAACGUAGGGUUCCAGGAUCAGAUCGAGGCGCUCAAGUGGGUGCAGAGCAACAUCCACGCCUUUGGGGGAGACAAGAACAAGGUCACCAUCAACGGCGAGUCUGCCGGCGGUGCCUCGGUCGAGCUGCACAGUAUUGCGAACGUGCACCCGAACUUCCAAGGAAUUAUUGCGCAAAGCGUUUAUCGGACGCCACUGGCGCAUCCGGCUCAACGAGCGGCUCAAUUCCAGCUGUUUGCGACUCAAGCAGGAUGUGGCACUGGUUCCGUCAAAUCUCAACUUGCAUGCUUGAGGAGCGCAAGUGUCAGUGCUUUGGCGAGAGCGCAGGAUUUCGUUUCCUACAAUGCCAAUACCACUGGCUAUAAGCUCUUCCAACCGGUCGUUGACGGAAAGAUAUUCCUCGAUUACCCAACAAAACUGAUCACCGAGGGGAAGAUUGCUAAUGUACCGAUCAUUGUCGGCUCGACCUCCAAUGAGACGCUGUCGGGAGGAACUAUCACUUCCGCUCUGCUUGCUUUCUUCCCGUCGUACACAAACAAGACUGUCCAAGGGAUUGUGAACCAAUACCCUCUGAGCGACUUCGCGUCGGCCGCUCUCCAAUUCCAGGCUGGGACGGGCGAGCCGGAGUUGCUGUGUGCUCGGCACAUCAUUGGAACAGCAGCGUCGAAGAAAAACAAAGCUUGGACCUAUCGAUACAACCAAGCCAAUCCCACUGGAAACCCGGGUCUCACCCGGGUCGACCAUGCAGCAGAAAACUGGAUGAUGUUCCAGGGAAGCAACACAGGCACGAAUGGCACGGGGACCUUCUCUGCCCAGACCCCCGUCGAGUUGGCUUUCACUCGCGAACUGAUCGCAUACUGGCUGUCCUUUGUUCGCUCGGGCAACCCAAACACGCACAAGCUGCACACCUCGCCGAAUUGGCCGCAGUUCAGUUCGGCGCAGAAAAAUCGCAUCGUGUUGCAACAAAACAGGGCGAACGACACGACAAAGACGGGGAGUUUCUUGGAAGUGCAAUCGGAUGAGGAGACGGAGAGGUGUCAGUUUGUCGUCGGCCAAGUCGCAGUACAGCAGGCUUGAGGAGUUAUUGGAUGAAUCAACAUUGUACAAAUAGGAACAAAACUCCGCGUCUCGAAAGAAAGAGAUUAUUUCCCACGAUCGCGAAAUGGGAUCCCCACAUGACACGCGUGAGAAGAUCCCGCAGUUUGCCGCAGCGCAUCGGACACCGCCCACACUUUUUCGACAUCGUAUGCUGUGACAGUCCUUGUCAUUCACGACCUCCCUUCAUUUUCAUAAGUGCCCCCCGCUGCGGAUUUCUCGGUGAUCCUCUCUCGAGUUCUCCCCACGCCCCUUGCAAACGACCAUGACGGACAAGUUGGCUGCUUACAAAGCGCGUCAAGCCGGGAACGCUAGUACCCCGACAACGCCGUCCCAUGAAAUGACGACCCUGCACACGAACGGCACGGCCAACGGCGCCGCGGGGAGCUUGGAGUCGCGGCCUGCGUUCCUGGAAGAGACGUCUUCCGUGCAGGACGCCAUCUCGACGUUCUCCGACCGCGUGGCGCGCAUCGCGGCGCUCAACGCGCGGACACUAGACACGAUUGGAUCCGAGGACUCGCAUGUGCAGGAGCGCGACACGUUGGUCGCUGACACGCUCGCGCUGAGCACACAGCUCAAGGAUCGCAUCAAGCGACUCCAGGGCGCUGUCGCCGGUGGCGGGCGGGGCCAGCAGGACGUGCAGAUCCGGCAGAAUCGGGUCACGUUCCUGCGGAACAAGUUCAUGGAGGCACUGCAGAACUACCGCCAGGUGGAGCAGGAGCACCAGGCCAAGUCGAAGCAGCGAAUAGAACGCCAGUACCGUAUCGUCAAGCCCCAGGCAACGCAGGAGGAGAUCACCGCGGUCAUUGCGGAAGGUGGAGACCAGGUUUUCACCCAGGCUCUGACAUCGAGUCACGACUAUGCACAUGCCCGAUCUGCGUUCAACGAGGUUCAGUCUCGGGCGCGGGAGUUGCGGCGCAUGGAGGACACGCUAGCCGAAUUGGCGCAGCUUUUCAGUGAUAUGGCUGUUCUUGUCGAGCAGCAGGACGAGACCAUCGUGGCCAUCGAGAAUAAUGCUGUGGCUGUCGAGAGCGAUGCAGAACAAGCGAACGGUCAAUUGGACGGGGCGAUCAAAUCUGCUCGCAACGCGCGGCGAAUGCGAUGGAUCUGUUUCAUCAUCAUCCUUGUCAUACUCAUUGUCAUCGCUAUCGUGCUGGCCGUGCACUUUGCUCCCACCAAGAAGUGAAGACGAUUUAUGGACUGGACGCUAUCGGCCCCGCAAUCUCACUUGGAGCACCUCCUUACUAUCUAUCUGUUACUUAAUCAUUCGUAGUGUAACGAUUUCAGGUUACUACACUAGGCUUGCUCAUGAAUUCAAUGACUUGGUGUUGCACUCGAAUGCACUCUUCUAGAU